CUCCGCCUUCGUCAUCCGCUUCCUCCACUCACUGCUUCGCGCUCGUCUCCAACCCGCGUGACUGGAGGUUCGAACUUCCAGUCUCUGAUCCUGCCGGACGGGGUCGACCGCUUUGUCACUACAGUUAGACUCGUACAGGUACUCCAUCGUCCUGAUCAGGAUCCAGUCUUAGCAUCCGACCCCUCGACUUGUACAGUCCGCGGAGCUGAUUCGGAGAGCACCUCACGUCACAUAUAUCCGAUCUAUCGCGUACAUAUCGUGCUGUUCACUCCACAUACACGAGACAGUUCUCUGAGCCAAUCAUCCACUCGGCUCACCAUUCAUUGAUUUAGCAUUUCACUUCUCAAACAAAAAGAACAAAAAAGAACAAGAUGUUCAACCCCCACCUCCCCAUCCCCGGCCGUCGCGAACACCACCCCAUCGUGAUUACCUCAGACGACUCCGACUCCGACGACAUCAUCGCCGACGAAGCUGAAGAAGCACGGGAAGAAGAAGAGGUAGAGGAAGAAGACUCAGACGAAGACCUCGAUCACGAUACCGACUCGGAUGAAAUGCAAUUGGACUAUUCGUUGCAUUCGAGACCGCAGUCGGGCAUUAUGGGGUAUGCAUACCCGACAACCCAAACCCCCCACCUAGGUCCCAGUCUCUACCAAGCAACCCUCGAUCAAGAACGUCGCAUGCGGACCCGUCUUCGGGAAGAACGACACGCCGCGCUUUGCGUCCUGCUGGAUCGAGAGUUACUUACCAUUCAGGCGUUGGCUGCGCAGGAGACCCUCCCCCAAUCCCGCCGCCGCUUCCUCGCCCGCCUCCUCGCCCCCGAGGAUCCCGAAUCCGCGGCCUCGAUCCGCGCGGACCGAUUCACGGUACAACAUCCCGCCGGCGCCAGCGGCAGCGGGAGUCUUCUAUCGUCCGCUACGGCGAUGAUUGUGCCCCGACGGGUCGUGGAUGUGUACGAGACGGAUGAUGCCGGGUGGAGGAAGCCGGAGAGGGGCGGUCGAGGGGGCGAGAGGAGUGCGGCCAUGCAGUCGUCGCCGGCGUCGGUGGGGUCCGGGUCGGUGUCGUCGGCGAAGAUGAAGGGGAGGAUGGGGACGCCGGAUCGGGUGGGGAGGGGGACGAAGGGGCGGGGGUUGCAGAGUUCGUCGUAUCGGGAGAGGGAGAGGGAGAGGGAGAGAGAGCGGAGGAGGGGGUUGUUUGAGGGGGUGUGA